AUGGCACGACCAAAGCCCCAUCCUCUCGCUCUCUUUUCAAUCGUGCCCAAAAAUGAUGGGGCUUGGGCUAUUCUCCACCAUCCCCACAACCGUCACCUUGUCUCUGUUGUCCCGGAUCCCGAAGUGAAGGGUCAAUCUACAUAUGGACUCAACAUCGGCUUCCAUAUCGGGUCAAAAUCACGCUCUACACUAGCGACCCUCGGACGCGGUGCUGAUGUCACGGUUGAAGGAGCAAACAUCUCACGAAUCCAGUGCUCUUUCGAGAUCCAUGAGACUACCAGGGAGAUCAUGCUCUACGACCGGUCAACCUCUCACUCAACCCAGGUUUGCGGCACUGGUUCUACGCCGUUCAAGCUGGGGCAUCCUCGUCGGGUCGUCGUGGACAAUAGAACAAAUCUGGAAUUCGGAUUUGGUGGUGUCGCUUGCAAUCUUGCCCAUUUUCACCUCAUUUGGCAUGCGCGAAACUUCAGCAUUGAAGAGCAGAUCAACUGCCGAGAAGACAAGCCCUGCCUUGCUCGAACGGUGGAUGAGACACCGACUGUUGUUCCGUCCCAACGUGUUACCCGAAUCCAUACUCCAGGUAACCAACAUCCGGAGAUCAGGUACACGCUGCGAGUUCAGCUUGGGAAGGGGUCAUUUGGCGAGGUCUGGAGGGUAGCAAAUAUCGAUUCCGGCGAGCACUUGGCAGUUAAGAUGGUGGAGUGGCCUGCCCUCCAGUCGCACAAUUAUAUUUUAUUGAAACGGGAAGUGGAAACUCUUGCUCGUAUCUCUCAUCCGAACAUUAUUGAGUAUAUAUCAGCGCAAGGUCCCAAAGACAACUAUCUCGAGAUCUUUAUGGGGGUCAGAGACGGAACCGUCCAGGACCUGAUUCGUGUUGAUGAUCUCUUCGUGCGAGAUCCACUUUCAGCUGACCUUCUCCUUCAUCAGAUGCUUCAAGCACUCGACUACCUAACAUUCAAGGGCCUUAUCCAUCGCGAUGUUAAACCUGAGAACGUCCUUUACACAGCUUUACCCGAUGGCUCUUAUCACUAUCAGCUUACAGACUUUGGUCUCUGUAAUGUGAUUGGCAACGCCCGAACAUUUGCUGGAUCCGGAUUUUACAUUGCCCCCGAGUUGGAGAAUAACCGAGGAGCGCAGCAGACAUCGAAGAUGGAUGUCUGGUCUCUCCUUGUCACACUUACAUAUGCAAUGAAUAUGGGUCGCUUCCGGGAGAAGCCGUUACACACAAUUCAGCUGAGGAUCAAGGCAGUUCAUGAGGCUGUGAGCGAGGAGAUCUUCCGCCCACUUCGAGAUAUGGCACAUAUUGACCCUAACCAGCGAGCGUCGGCUGCAGAUAUGCUGGACGAGCUCUUUAACGGGGUGGGUCGCACCACUCCUCGCAACCAAAUUCGGAAUGAUAUAACCCAGAAUGCUCUACUACGACCGCAAGUGCAGCAAUUCAGACCCAGUGAUGAAGGCGGGAAACGUCCCGAACAGCUACAUGGUGCUAUGGUCACAAAGCGUCCGGAACAGGGUACCAACGAUCAGCCCGGCAGUCGGGAAGCGUCCCAGACGAGCAUAUUCCCGGAUCGGAGGUUCGAGAACUAG